GUUUAAUCUGUGAGGCGGGCUUGAAGCUUGAAUAUUUGAAGUGGUUUUCAUUCGAUUUUUACAGAAGUCUAGAUUUGCCGUAUCUUUAUUUAUUCUAAUUCUUGUGUGCCUGAUAAUUCAUAAAUAUCUCAAAUAUCUGUAAUUAAAAUUGUUAAAAGUUGUGUCAAAAGUUAUAGCCCUGGUCUCAAAAUUACUCAGAUAAAGGAUAUGCCUCCAGUUAAAGAUGAAACGAUAAGAGAAAUUAAUUGUUUAGAUAUAAACAUAGUAGAGAAGAGUCCAGCGAAGAACAGUGCGCUUGUCGAUGUGAGAGCUUGUAAUAAACCUGCCGCCAAGGUAUGGUUCCGUGGUGUGAGGAGUUCCAAGUUCCGGCACGUGUACGGCGUGUCGUUCAAGCGAGAGCGAUGCUACGACAACAUAAAGAUAACGAGGAAUGCCCACGACUCCAACUUUUGUGCUGUCAAUCCCAAGUUCGUGGCUAUUGUCACCGAGGUCGCAGGCGGCGGAGCCUUCCUAGUUUUACCCUUGGACCAUACUGGUCGAUUGGACUUCAACGCGAGCCGCGUGACGGGCCACAAGGGCCCAGUCCUCGACAUCAAGUGGAACCCCUUCAAUGAUAACGUCAUCGCAUCCUGCUCCGACGACUGUACGGUGAAGCUAUGGCACAUCCCGGACGGCGGGCUGUCCAUGCACCUGACGGAGUGGCUGGUGGAGCUGCAGGGCCACAAGCGCCGCGUCGCCUACAUCGAGUGGCAUCCCACCGCCGAGAACAUUCUGCUCAGCGCUGGAUUCGAUUAUUUGAUAAUGGUGUGGGACGUGGGGCAGGGCGCGGCGGUGCGCGUGCUGGAGUGCCACAGCGACGUCAUCUACUGCAUGUCCUUCAACCGCGACGGCUCGCUGCUCGCCACCACCUGCAAGGACAAGAAGCUGCGCGUCAUCGAGCCCCGCCUCGCCGCAGACACCAUCGACAGCUCCUCCGGCGUCGUCUUCCCCUACUACGACUACGACACUAACAUGGUGUACCUGGCGGGCAAGGGCGACGGCAACAUCAGGUACUACGAGGUGGUGGAUCAGGUGCCUUACGUGCACUUCCUCAACCAGUUCCUCUCUGGAAACCCACAGCGCGGGCUGGGCUUCAUGCCGAAGCGCGGCGUGAGCACGGCGGCGUGCGAGGUGUUCCGCUUCUACAAGCUGCACACCUCGCGCGGCCUCUGCGAGCCCAUCUCCAUGAUAGUGCCGCGCAAGUCCGACUGCUUCCAGGAGGACCUGUACCCGGACACGGCGGCGCCGCUGGCCGCGCUCACCGCCAAGGACUGGCUCAGCGGCAUGAACGCGCCGCCGCUACUCAUCUCUAUGAAAACUGGUCAAUAUGUAUUUUAUUUAUACACCUUCCUGUCGCGCGAGACCACGCCCGACUACCGCCCGCUCGCCACCUGGCAGCCGCGCGACACGCACCACGAGGUGGGUAUAAACGAGAAGUCGCAGAAGACGAGCGCCAACCAGACGACGAAGUUCCACCAGCUGCAGAAGAUGUUCGGCAAGCAGGCGGGCGACGCCGAGCCCGUGCCGCUCUACAAGCAGAUCAACCAGGGAGACGUCUUCGCCACCGAGCACGAGGUACUCCACACCACACUAACGUUCCAUACUUCUUAUUAUUGUAAACUACAUUUUUACCGCAACCCCAUAUGCGCGCAAAAAAAAUAAGUUUCAAUAUUUAUU